AUGGUAAGCAACAAGGCGCAAAUUGUGAAAGCGGAAAAUGGCACGAACGCGUCCAUUAUUGUAACAGACAGCGGAAAUGCAACGCAACCUAUGAAGACAACGACAGAAAUGACGACCAUGGCGACAGCUCUGUCGACAUCCCUCGACGACUUGAGCGACCAGGAAAAUGGUACAACUGCUGAGGAUAUACACCUGAACGAUUUAUAUACACGCUAUCGUCAGAGGCUGCGUAAGUCGUUGUUCAGAUCGGGAUUGCUGACAUCGCUGGUGGCAUGCGUCGUAUCCAUAAUAAUUGGAAUCGUUUACGAGCAGCACCUGCUGCAGACACUGUUGCUCGUAUUGGCGGCCCUAAUCUCUGGCUCAAUACUGACGGCUCUACAGUCUCCGGCGGUGCUUAGUUCACCAGCAGCUGCUCUGGCUUUUGCCAUUGUUACCACCUUCUCACUGGGCACCAUUGCGGCCAUCACUGGCAACGAGUUGGCUCCUCUGCCAAUGUAUGCCCUGUUUCUGGGGAUUCAUACAAUGCUGCCCAUUUCCUGGCCGGUCUCUGUGGUCCUGGCCCUAUUUAUGACUGCCAUUCAUAUAGUUUAUAGAAUCGGCACCAGUCCGGAUUAUGCACCCAAUUUACCCAUGCUCUUUGGCGAGAUUGUGAUGCUGGCCAGCGCAUCCGUUUCCGGCCUGUACUAUCGCAUCAUGUCGGAUGCGGCACAUAAUCGCACUGUGGAUGGCACACGCACCGGGAUCGAGCAGCGUGUGAAACUCGAGUGCGAAAAGGAGCAACAGGAGCAGCUUCUGCUGAGCGUCAUACCCGCCUAUAUAGCUGCCGAGGUUAAACGUAGCAUCAUGCUGAAGAUGGCGGAUGCAUGUCAGCGUGCUGGCGGUCAAGCUUCCACAUCGGCCACUCGCUUCCACGAGCUGCAUGUGCAACGGCACACGAAUGUCACAAUACUUUUUGCAGACAUUGUUAACUUUACGCCCUUGUCAUCCUCAUUGACGGCCAGUGAUUUGGUCAAGACACUCAACGAUCUCUUCGGCCGCUUCGAUCAAAUUGCACAGGAGAAUCAAUGUUUGCGUAUUAAGAUUUUGGGAGACUGUUAUUACUGUGUCUCGGGGUUGCCAAUUUCACGACCACAGCAUGCCACCAAUUGCGUCAACAUGGGCCUGCAAAUGAUCGAUGCCAUCAGACACGUGCGUGAGGCGACGGGCAUAAAUGUUGACAUGCGAAUUGGCAUACACACGGGCAAUGUGCUCUGCGGUGUCCUUGGCCUACGCAAGUGGCAAUUUGAUGUUUGGAGCGAUGAUGUUACCCUGGCCAACCACAUGGAGAGCGGCGGCGUUGCGGGUCGCGUGCACAUCACAAAGCAAACUUUGGACUUUCUGGGCGAUAAAUUUGAGGUGGAACAGGGAGAGGGUGGUGGUCGCGAUGCAUAUCUGGCGGAUCAUAAAAUAGAAACCUAUCUCAUUGUGCCGCCCAAGCCCGCCUACAUGCACAGUGUGCCACGCGUGGUCGAGUGCAUCGAGCAAACGGAGCCGGCAGUGGAGCCGGCGACACCGGUGAAGGAGGACGGCGAUGUAAACGAGAAGCUUUUGCCCACCGAGUCGCGGUGUCCGGUGUCAACUGCCGUUGAUGGAGCCGAGAAACUUUCACCCACCUCGACGAACAGCCAGGAUGCAGCGUUGCAUGCACCGUUGACCUCUGCCGCGUCCAUGUCCAUCAAGGAGCUGUCCGAAGAGGAGGAGGAUGCGGCUGCCACAGAGCCACUGGUUGCCAAACACUCUGAGCAGGAGAUCAACAAUGAGCCCAUACCAACUAUAAUCCAUCGUGGUAGCGGCGACUCUGCUGCCUCCGAGUCUGCGCCAAAAUCGACAGCAUUAUCGCUGCCUGCCGAGGAUCUGUUGAGCAUGAGCGGCAGCGAGAGUGGCAUCUCCACCAGCGGUACCCCGGCAAUAACAACAUCCAAUGCGGUGAAUGCCACGCCCCCAACAACAACGUCAGCUGCUAACACCGCAGGCACAAAUAGUUUAACAGUGGCCGACGCUCCUGAGCGCUCUCGUCGCAAGUUGUCCGUUCAAGGUCUAAUGUCCUUUGCCGACAGACGACGCUCCUCCGGCGCCUUCAUCGAGGGACGCAAACUGUCCAUCCACAGCGGUGAAAGCUUUCGCAGUCAUGCGGGUCAUGUCACACGCAAUCGCCCCUCAUCGAAGAUGACCAAAUAUGUGGAAUGCUGGGGUGCCGAUCGACCCUUUGCCAAUAUUGCCGAGUCCAAGCUGGUGAAGAACAUUGGCCUGGCGAGUAUUGCCAUGAUUGAAUCAAAUUUGUUGCCGCCGGAGCGUAAAUGUUUUUUUAAUUUCAACUUCUUGGGGCCGCCCACGGAGCUAAAGCCAUUGACCAUGUGGUACCGCAAUACGCCUCGGGAGGCCAUGUACCGGGAGCAGCCGGAUACGCACUUCCGCUAUGACCUGAUAUGCGCCUUUGUCCUCUUCCUGUCGCUCGCCAUCGUCCAGUUGAUUGUAAUUGAAUUGAAUCUGGCAUUACUGGGCUCUCUGUUGGCCAGCUUUAUAUCGUUGGCUCUGUUCCUCUAUCUGAGCAACAUGUCCGUGCCGGAUAUGCAUGCCUCGACCACAGAGCGCAAUGGUCCUGGCCAGGUUGUGGCCAGCAGCCGCUUUCUUCGCUUGGCCAUGUUCAUCAUUGUCAAUAUACUCAUCUCAUCCUGUGCCGUAUUCAGCGUGAUCAACUAUACGCAGCCCGAUUAUGAACCGCCCUAUGGUUACAGCAAUAGCACGAAUACCACCGAGGGUAGCUUCAAUAGUAGUAUAAUCCCGGAGGAUAUGCAAACACUGGACAUUGACUAUGCCGUACCCAAGGCUCCGAUUUUCCUCUUCUGCUGCGCCGUCAGCUUGGCUGCCAUUUCAGCUUUCCUACGAUCUGGAUUUAUACUCAAGCUCAUAACCAUGUUGCUGGCACUGAUUGGACAGAUGAUUGUGCUUCAUUAUAGCGAUCUCUAUGUCCAGUACAAUCUGGUCCACUCCUACAAUGUCUUGCCGCUUGAGGUGAAGGGUUUCUUGUUGUUGCUACUCGUGAUUGCCGUGUUGCAUACGCUGGAUCGUCAGGGUGAAUAUGUGGCACGCACCGAUUUUCUGUGGAAGGCCAAGUUGAAGGUCGAACAGGAGGAAGUGGAAACAAUGAGAGGCAUCAAUAAGAUUCUAUUGGAGAACAUUCUGCCGGCUCACGUUGCCACACAUUUUCUGCAUCUGGAACGGUCCACGGAGCUGUAUCACGAGAGUUAUUCCUGUGUCGCGGUCAUGUUUGCCUCCAUACCCAAUUACAAGGAGUUCUACGAUGAGACGGAUGUCAAUAAACAAGGCCUGGAGUGUCUGCGUCUCUUGAAUGAAAUCAUUUGUGAUUUCGAUAAGUUACUUCUGAAACCAAAGUUCAGUGGCAUCGAAAAGAUUAAAACAAUUGCCAGCACCUAUAUGUGUGCAUCGGGUCUAAGACCUGGAAAAGAGGAUGGAGCCACGUCGCGUAGCUUUGCGGAUGAGAAACGCACCGAAGAGCACAACGUGGUCAUAUUGGUUGAAUUUGCGAUUGCUUUGAUGUCCAUAUUGGAUUCGAUUAAUCGCGAAUCAUUCCAACGUUUUCGCCUGCGCAUCGGGCUGAAUCACGGCCCAGUAAUUGCGGGCGUAAUUGGAGCCCAGAAGCCACAAUAUGAUAUCUGGAGCAAUACCGUCAAUGUGGCAUCCCGCAUGGAUUCAUGCGGCGUCAUGGGACGACUUCAGACUACAGAGAAUACAGCUAAGAUAUUAAUGGCCGCCGGUUACGAGUGCGAGUGCCGGGGCCUCACCUAUGUCAAGGGCAAAGGAAAUCUAGUCACAUAUUUUGUAAAGACACCAUUCGAUGGUAAAUUGUAAUUGAAUGCGGCCAGUUAGUAGCACAAUUUGUUGUUAAUAAUGCUAUUUAUCUAUAUGUUUAGAAAAUAUAUGUUAAGGCAUGUUGUUAUUUAUUUUGAAAUAAUUUUAAGAAUUUUAAGCAUUUAAAUCUACGUUGCACAUUAGAGCUUAUUUUAAGUAUUUGUUUUAGUUAGUAUUUUAUUGUUAUGUAGCACAAUUUGUUGGAAAUUAGAAUUCAGAUUUUAAAAAAGCUCACUUAAACAGCGAAUAAUUAUAUAAAUAUAUAGAAUAUGACGACUACUCAAACAUACUAUAUAGAAUAAUGCUAUAAGAUAUUUAUUAAUUCAAAAUUAACACAACAAAAGGAAAAAACAAAUGCAAUUUAGCCCACCCCGAAAAGAAAUAAUCAACGCUAAUAAUAAUAAUAAUAAUGACACAUAGAAUUUAACCAUAUUUAUUGUACAAUUAUGUUCCAAUAGAUUUUUCUCGAGUAUUUAAAUAUAUUGAAUUUAGAACUUGCAUCUCUAACGAAAUCUAUUGGAACAGCGCUUUAAUUUAUAGAUUGUUAACUAAAAUAUGUGCCAUCACAGGUCGAACACAACGCGGUUAAUCUUAUAAUCAACGACCUUAAGCGAAAUCCUAUCUAUUUCUAUAUGAUAUUGUAUAUUUUAUAUAAAUUUUCUACUGUCACAUUUUAAUAUACCAGAUGGAUCUGCUAACUAUUUUGAAUAUGAAACUUUUUGAAUAUUUUUUGUUGGUUUUUUUUCGGCAGCUUUAGUGUACAAACAAUUCUUAUCUGAACAUAUCCCAUCAAAUAUGGUAUACCUCCGAUUCUUACUUAUGGAAACUGAACCCUAUGCAUAUCUUUGUAAUUACUAUCCAAAAUUUACUAUAAACAACAAUAUAAUCGAAAUAUUUACGAAUAUAAAUAAAAUACAUUUCUUUGAA